GGGGGUGGAGCAGGUCGUUGGGGAGAGGCGUCAGUGGGCUCCAGCUUCUCUGCUGAGCGGUCCUGGUUGUGGAAGCUCAGAUCAGCGAGCUAUUUUGAAAGUGACCCUGAAAGGUUUGCAGCUGUUUACGACCAUGACUGAAGAUGACGGAUUCAGUUGUCGCGGAGGGCCAUGUAAAACUGAGAGACGGGAAAAAGUGGAAAAAUAGAUGGCUGGUGCUUCGGAAACCUUCUCCUGUAGCAGAUUGCUUGCUGAUGCUGGUGUUCAAAGACAAGUCUGAAAAGAGUCGAGGGAAUAAGGAGAGGAGCAGUGUGGUCCUGGAGGAUAUAUGUGGUUUAGAGCCCGGCCUUUCAUUUGAAGGAGUGAAUCACAUCCUUGCAAUAAUCUGUCUGGGGCAAACUGUGUUGCUGGCAUUUGAAAACAAGGAUACCAUGUGUGCCUGGGACAUACGGACUCGCUACAGCCUCGGAGAAGUUCACAGGUUCCAUGUCACGGUGCUACCCGGUACUAAACUGGAAAGUGGACCAGCCACCCUUCACUUCUGCAACAAUAUCUUUGUGCUGGUGAGGGAUGUCCCCCCAAUCAUCAUUGGGCACUGGAAGCUCUCUGACAUGAGGCGUUAUGGUGCCAUUCCCAAUGGAUUUGUCUUUGAAGGAGGUUCACGUUGUGGCCCCUGGGCCGGAGUUUUCUUCCUGUCCUGUACCGACGGCGAGAGGAUUAGCUUCCUGUUUGACUGCAUCGUCAGAGGGAUCUCACCCACUAAAGGGCCUUUCGGCCUGAGGCCAGUAUUGCCAGAUCCCAGUAUAAGCCCAGCCUCCAUCGAGGAGAGGAUCAGCUACGAGGCCCAGGAGCUGGAGAAACGAUUAAGUAUUCUGUCACAGUCCAGUCGGCACAGCAGUGGAGGAGAUGACCGGAGCCUUUCCAGCUCGACUGAGUCCUCAGACACCAGCCAGUCAGACAGUGCCAGUGUGGGCAGCCGCCUCACCCUGUGGCCAGAGCAGCCAGUGGCUGGUGGCCCCCCAGACCCAAUGCUGCUAAUGCCACCGCCACCGGCCUCCAGGCCACCGGGCUUGGUUGAGGAGGUGCCUCUGAUGGAGACAGCGGGGAGAGGGGGUCUGAGGGGAGCCGGGACUGGGGUCGCCCCCCACCUCCCGCCUCCUCCCCCUCUGGCCCCCGCUACCAAGCCGCCGCGCCCCCGCAAGCUGCAGGAGGUGGGCCGGCAGAGCUCGUCGGACAGCGGCUUCGCCACGGGAAGCUUCUCCUCCUCGUCGUGCGCCGGCAGCCUGGCUGACGACUUCGGCUCGCAGCUCAGCCUGCCCUCUCUGCGGGCCCCCAGGAGCCCCGGCCUCGAGUACGGUCGACCCUCUGCCCCUUUGCACCAUCACUACGACACACCCCGCAGCGUCCUGUCCGGUCCCGGCCCAGCUGAGCAGGCGGCAGCUCCCGUAGGCACGGGCGACUCGGGCGGAGAGAUCCCUGCGGACUUCCUGGCGGCCUGGCUACGGCUGAGACCCACGGGCCAGGCGGGAGAGCCCGGGGGCGGCCCCGGCAUUUCAGUGCUGCAGUGUGAGAGCUGUGAGCUCGGAACAGGGCCGCCAUUCACCACUGCCUGCCAGAGCUGUGGAGGUCUAAAGGGAACAACAGCUUUACAACUGGGAGCCUCAUCUAUCUUUGCUUUCCCAGGGACUGGUGUUGAAAUCAAAGAGAAAGCUGGCAGAGUUAGCCUUCUCAGGCUGCUUGGGUCGCAGCGUGGCCAACGCAGGGAACAGCCGAAAAUAGUCAGCCAGACAGACCGGGUAAGCUGGCAAAGCAUUCUUGGAGAGCGAUACGACACGCUGUGGGAUUUCAGGACCAGACACCCCAGUGACAAAGGAGGCUGCCAUCCUGGUGUAACCAGAACCAGACAGCCUGUCCUGAGUAAGGAUCCUGAUGCCAGGGGCCACACUCUGAGGCGUAGCUAUUCUGCGGAGGAAGGAUUGAAAACAGCGCCAGGUGGAUUUCCCAGGCAUGGUGUGACUGUCGGACGGGAGCCUGAUGUCCCUGGAGGUGGUGACAAAGGCAAUGGCACUGCUCUUCCCCAGAGACAUUCCGGCUCCCCUGUAUAUGAAACCAUGGUGACGGCAUGUCAUUCCAAACCGGGACUGGGAGACGCUUCUGGCUGGAGCCGCGGCUACCGGCCACUGGGCCGUCUUUGGGGAGCAUUGGAAAGCGUCCGAGAUGCAUACGAGGCCAUCGCUGUGCCCGGCCCACUGCUUGCUGCAAUGAGCAAGGCACAGACCUUUCCUGGAACCAGGGGCCUUGCCGGCCACCGGGCUAACAGCCUCGGCUCAGCCGCCGAGCCCUACCAGUUUCCGCAGGCCCCUGCUCUCAAGUCCAGAGGCCCGGAGAGCUUCGGAAACAACCUGGGUGUUCGGGGCCAUGAGACAGAGGGUGUGAGGAGAUGGGCGAGCAGGCAAGGCCAGCACCUCUCGAAGCUGAGGACAGCGAAGCAGGAGCUUGCGGAAUGUGAGGCCACCUCUUGGAAGGCAGCACCAACUGAACGCAGUGAUAUAAUUGAAGAUAAAAAAACAAUGAAAAAGGACGAGAAGCAGAAAAUGGGACAGAUGUAUGAACUUAUGGAGUCUCUUCCAAUGGAGAAACAGUUGGAGGCAGAGAAGGGCAGUGGAUAUGAAUACAUGGCCAGCUGUGGGCAACAGAAGCUGUUCCUGGAGACAGAAGGUCCACCCGGGGCGCUGAAGUCUCACCGAGGGCAAGGCGGCCAUUUGGAAGCAGCAGGGCUGAGACAAAAGUGGGAGAAAGGGUUGUCAGAGGAUGAAGCGUUGGGCAGCUUUGACACAAAGAGAUUAACUGGUGGGGCAUUUGCUUACUCUCCAGAUCUCUCUGGACCUGACAGAUCUCAUGGUGAAGGGGCAACAUAUGUCAACAUCCCAGUGAGUCCAGUGUCUAAGAAGCAGCUCCACUACAUGGAGCUUGAGCUCCAGGAACCCGGUGCUGCCAUUCGAGCAGGGGCGAGUUCAUCCAAGUAUGCACAGAUCGACAUCACAGCGACGGAAACAGCACACAAGGUGGGCAGCCAGCACGCCCAGCACCGGGAGGAACGGCUGCAAGAACUGGAGCAGAAGAGGAAAGGACCCCCACUGCAGUGAUCUGUGGGCCCUGUGGAACACGUUUCUUUUCUUUCAUACAGGCCCUGCGCACUGAAGCAGCCGGUGUAGGCCUGGGCACAACAGGCACCUGUCCGACUUCUACACUGACCUUGCUUCUGACGCACCAAGACUGUGACUGCACGAGCUUGAAGGGCGAUUGGAUUCAGAAAUCUUGUGCGAUGCAUUAUCGGCAGAGAAUGUAUUUUUGACCUAUUCCCUCCUCAUCCAUCUUUCACCACCCUCCACCUCCAGCUGUCUCAUUGCUUGGGGUGCUGGUCACCCUGUGGUGCCUUUCCCAUACUUCCAGAGUGAGCCACAGACAUGAAUAUUGUCGGGCUGUUCUUUACUUGGAAGGGGCAGUCUUAGGGUGUAUUGCAGGCAACCUCAAUCAUGUCCUCAUGCUUUGUUGUGGGCUGCUGUCCUCUCACUUCCCAUUCGCCCUUGCUUGGAGGUUCAAAGUCCAACUCUACAAUGCCUGUGGUACUUUUGCAAGCCGCUAGGGCAAGGGUGCUGAGCACCUGACCUAAUUGGUCUGCAUGACCCAUCUUGCUGCCAGCUACAUGUUUAGAUGUGCAGAUUAGGUAGUUUGGACACUGGGAGGUGUUUUGGGGAAGACAACUUUUUUUUUAAACCAUUUUUAAUAAGUUGUGGUAAGGCUGCGAUUUGGGCCAUGGCAUACUGAAGAACACAGAAAAGUAAAGCAUAGGAACAGGCCCAUCAGCCCACAACAUUUGCGCUGAACACAAUGCCAUAUUAAUUUAAAUCCUUUCUGCCUUUUUUGAUCCAUAUCCCUCUUCAACGUGACUACCUUAAGAUCUUGUUCUUGUAAAUGCCACUAUCGUAUCUACUUCAAUCACUACCCCUGGUAGCCUGUUCCGGGAAUCUGUGUGUAAAAAAACUUACCUCACUCACCUUCUCUAAGCCUUCCCCCCUCACCUUAUAUGCACAUAUAAUCCAUCUACACUGUCUACGCCUUUAAGUUUAUAAACUCCUAGGUCUCCCCUCAGCCUCUGAGUUCUAGAACAGGGGUUCCAACAUUUUUUAAAUGCCAUGGACCCCCGGACCAUUAACCGAGAGGUCAGCGGACCCUGGGUGAGAACCACUCCCACCCACCUCCUCCAGUCUUCUCCUAUCAUUUCGCAUUUUCCCCUCCCCCUCCUACUUUCAAAUCUCUUACUAUCUUUCCUUUCAGUUAGUCCUGACAGGGUCUCGACCCGAAACGUCGACAGUGCUUCUCCCUAUAGAUGCUGCCUGGCCUUCUGCGUUCCACCAGCAUUUUGUGUGUUGCUUGUUUAGCUACAACAUAGUUUUCUUACUCUUAGACCCCAAAGAAUGAAAGCAAGCAUGCUAUUUGCCUUCCUUACCAUCCUGGGUGGCAGAGUGGAGAUGUGUCUCUCCUAAAGGAGAUGUAAAGCACUCCUUCCCUCUGUUAGCCCACAGGCACCACUGGGCAGGUGUAGCACCUGCUUAGCAACCCCACCCGCUGAUCAGGGUCACAUGAAAACAUGACCGACAAGCCCUAUCUGCCCGAAAUGACUGGUUUUAAGGCACUAGUAACCUGAUUUUGCACUGUCUCCUGUCAGUAGAAAUGGUUCCAGCAGGCAGAAUAGCUAAGCUAUACAUGAAGGCCUGGUGCUGGACUUGGUUGUUAGAGACUAUUUGAGAUGCACACCAUUGGGAACUUUUAAUGGGUAGUGGGAGCUUAUCCCCACUACCAUCCAGAACCUUAAGGAACUAUUUUGUAUGCCUCUAUCAAAUCCCUCAUUCUCCUACGCUCCAGGGAAUAAAGUCAUAAGCUAUUUAACCUUUUUCUAUAAUGCAGGUCCUUCAGGAGUGACAGAGUUCCUUCCCAAAAGGGUGUUGGAGAACAAGAUGUUCUAGUGAGCUAGAUGAUUUUUAAAUAGACAUGUUUCCUGGCAACCUGACUAGAACAAUCAGGUACAAAAACAAUGGCAGCUCACUUCAAAGUUCUAAGUAAUGUUAUUAACCAAGUGCAGAUAUGACACCAUAUACAAAGAAACACAAUAGAAUCAAUGAAAAACUGCACAUACAAAAACUGACAAACCACCAAUGUGCAGGAGACAACAAAUUGUACAAAUAUAAAAAACCCUAAGUAAUAAUGAUAAAUAAGUAAUGAACAUAGAGAACAGGGCACCAUGGUAGUGUAGCAGUUAAUGUGACACUUACAGUUCAGGGUGUUGGGAGUUCGGAGUGCAAUUCCAUUGUCCUCUGUAGGAAGUUAGCAUGUUCUUCCCUUGAGCAUAUGGGUUUCCUCACACAGUCCAAUGACAAGUUUAACUGGCAACUGUAAAUUGCUCUAUGAUUAGGCUAGGAUUAAAUAAAUGGGUUGCUGGGCCCAAAGGGGCCUGUUCCACGCUCUAAAUAAAUUGAGUUGUAGAGUACUUGAAAGUAAAUCCAUAGUUUGUGGAAGUAGUUCAGUUUUGAGUUAUCUGGUCCAAGAGCUUGAUGAUUUUGGGGUAAUAACUAUACCUGAACCUGUGGUGGGGUACCUAUGACCCACUUCGCCAGAUUCCACUUCCCUGAUGGCAGCAGCGAGAAAAGAGCGUAUGACACUCAUAUGGCAAAUGGAUUUCUCCAACUAAAGGGACCUUCUGAGCAUUACCAUAUUCCUAUAAUGAACGUUCAACUGCCUUUGCAUUAUUUUACACUGGAUUGCCUUUUUAAAACAGCCUUGCUGAUUUAUUGAUCCACUUUCACAUUUUAAAAAAAACUUAUUGGAAAGUUAAUUGCUUGUUUUUUUUUAAAUGUUCCAUCGUUCUGCAUCGUUGCACAAACACCAAUACCAGAUUCUGCCAAUCGGGGUCUUAAGGUCAAUUCCUUUUUUAUCUUCCACUAUGUCCUGCUGAACAAAUCAAGCACAAUGCAAAAAAAAUGUCUUUCUGACAUCUGCAAUAAGUGUUUUGCAAAUGUAAACCAGAAGGGAAUGGAUGAAAAGUAACAAUGAAAAGCUGUUCAGUUUUGAGGAGGGAUUUCCUCUGGUUUAGUUCUUGAUUUGUGUAUUUAUAAUGUAUUUAUUUUACAUGUGCAGAUAUAUAUUUUAAUCAACUUUUAUCUUUUAACUAUUCUGGGGUUACUGCUGUUAUCUUAAUGUAUAGUUGUGUUACUUUACUCCCAAUGUUAAUAUAUUCCUUCUUUGGGUACCAACACCCAUUUGGAGAAGUGAAGGUUAUGUACAAUAUGUACACUGUUCAAUAUCACUGCCAAAUCUUUUUUUUAACUAAUGUUUCACCCUCAAAGCUUUUAAUACUGACUAACAAAAGACUUAUGAAAUUCUACAGAAUCACUUGUCAAGUGAAACUUGUUUGGAUUCAGGAGUCUACUGUAGAUACACAGUUCAUGUGUAAUGUCGAAGUAACUCACCCAAGUAUGAUGGUGACACUAAAGGCAAUUUCUUUUUUUCUUUGCCGUAGUUGUUUGCGCUACUUUGGUGGAAUAAGAAUUGCUGAGGGAGAUAACUUUGCCAACACUAGUUCCAACUUUAAACAUUUUGUUCACAGUAUGUGGAAUGUUACUGGCAGUCCUGUUCCUAAUUGCCCCUGAGCUUCAGGGACUACAUAACGUAGCGUAACCAUUCAUAUCCUCAGGACAUCAUAAAAUGCUUCACAGCCCAUACCUGACUUUUGAAGCAUAAACACUGUUGUAACACAGACAAACACAACACCCUAUUUGUGUUCUUCAAGCUUCCUCUUCCAUAGCAAUUGGGAUAAAUGUCAUGAGAAGGACACUUAACUCACAAGUCCACCUGAAAAAUUGAUUUCCAUCUGGAAGACAACAUGGGUGACAGCAUGAUGUCUUCUAGGACUAGACUAGAUUCAGUGUUGGUACAUAAAGCACUAAAAUGGGCCGAGCCCUAAAGCUUAGCUCUUCAGCAAGAUUGCUACCACUUUUGUUGUAACACAAGUUCCAGAUCUACCCUUAAUUGCCAAAAUGAUAAAGUGGGAGCUCUGUCACUUGAUCUUGUUCCUUGUCAUUCCCACAUAGGAGCAGAAUUAGGCUUCCCUAACCUUGCAGCCAGUUUCUGAGAAAAAUGAGAUGUUAAUCUCCCAGAAAAAUAUCCCACGUGAUGUUUGGGGUUUGUGGGAGGAACUUCUCCUAGCUGUCUAAGCCAGAACAGCAUCACUAAAACAGAUACAAGAGACUGAAAUAAAUCUAGUCCAGUUAAAGGGUCUUGACUUGAAUCUGGCUGAUAAUUUCCUUCCAAAGGUUCUGCUUGACCCACUGAUAAAAAAAAACUGUUUACACAAUGAAGAAAUUAAGACCAGUUGUUCUUGUGUUUGCUAGUUGUCAGUGUGACAAAAGUGAUUGUAUUUCAAAUGUACUUCUUUUGGCUUUGAAGCAAUUUGCAGUGUUCCAGGGUUGGGAAGUGCAAACUCGUCUAUGCAAUUACAUUAACAACCACAUGCGACGACUAUAGUGAAUCACUCUGACAGGUUAACAGCUGACACUGCUUUCGCUAAUUACAAUCAAUCUUUGUUUUAGAAGCUCAGAGGGUGAAUUGAUAAAGAAUUAUUACUUAUUGCUAAAAUGGUAGAUUAUUGUUUUGAAACAAGAGUUGAAAAUUUAAGGGCUUGAAAGUUUGUUAUAUGAUGCCUGUGAGGUCAUCUUAAAGUAGGUCUUUGUUAUUUUUGUACAGAAAAUAAUUCCAUUGUUCUGUGGUCUCACCUCAGACAUUACCUCAAUGCGUAGGGUACUGCAGAGACCCAGUCAAACUGCUGGAAUGCCAGUCCAUCUUCUUGGUGUCCAUGUGCCCCCAUUGAUGAGGAACUGUUUCAGAGGGACAGUUCUUUUGAAUCUCUUGCAGCAGGUUGCUUAGCACGCACAACCUGGACUGUCCUGGACUGUGUAGCCAUGUCUACACACCUUCAAAAGGAGUUGGAGUCCCAGCAGAUUGACCUGGGACCAAUCUCUCUUACUAAGCUGAAUCAAUCCCUUAACAGGUGAACUCAGUUAAUAUAACACAAACCAGACUGAAACAGGCACCUUCUUUGCCCACUUUGGGCCAGGAUUAGAUGGCAACAUCCACAUUAGAUUCUUGAAAUAGAAAACAUAUAGGGAAAAGAGGAAUCAGUUGGACGUUCAGUAGGAGAGACUGACAUUUUAGGGUUGCAAUAUUUUCACUGAAAUUCACUAGUUUCUCCUACUCUCUCAGCUGCUGUAAUUUCAGAAUUUAAAAAAAAUCCUUCAAGGGAUGUGGAUGCUGUUGGCAAAGUCAGCAUUAAUUGUUCAUUAUUCAUUAAUUCAUUAAUUUACAUCCUCGUAAAUUCGAGGAUGUUUAAGAGUCAAUAUCCCCCUUGGUGGCGCAAUAAUAUCAGCGCCGGACUCGAGAGCGAAGGUUCCCGAGUUCGAAUCCAAGUGGGGUUGAGCGUCGAGCUAGCAACUCAGCCUCAUAAAAACAAAAUAGCUUGCUACAGAAACACCGUCAUGAUGGUGCCCUGAUAACUCCACUGCUGAGUUGAGGGCUAUUCUUCUUCUUCUUAAGAGUCAAUGACACUGGUGGGUCGUCAUAUCAGGUAACGACAAGCAGGUUCAGUUGGCCUGGUGGUAUCUGUGAAGGUCUCUUUCCACAGAUGGUGUCAGACCUGCUGAAUAUUUCUGUUCUUCUUUCAGAUUUUUCUGUGUGUGUUCUUUUUCUUUGUGUUCCUCUCUUGAAGGGCAUUAAGUCAACCUGAUGACAACCCAGUAGUUUACUGAGACUACUGGUUAUUGAGACUACUAUUUUUUUUCCUAAAUUAAUGACUCAUUUAAUUGCUUGCAUUUUUCCAACCACCAUGGUAGUUCUUAGAAUUUAUUUCUGGAUCUGUGGUCUAGGACUUUCUGGCUGCUAACCACACUACCAUCCCCAUUCUGUGUUCAUUUGCAAGGAGGGUGCUGGAUAGAACUGCAGUCACUUACUGAGAUAAAGGACAGAUUGGUUCUCAUCGUGAGCUCAGUUGAGCCCAGAGAAAGUGGUUGACCUUCCCUCAUGAUGUUGAUCCAUGUCAGAUGCAGGCUCUUUACACACAGAGUGUUGGGUAUGCAAAACACUAUGCCAGGGAUGGUAGAGAUUGAGACAUUAGAGACUCUUAGAAAGAAAAAUGAAGGGCUGUGUGGGAGGGAAACAUUGAUUGUUUCUGGAGUAGGUCAAUUCAACAUUGUGGGCUGAAGGGCCCAUUCUGUACUAUCUUGUUCUAUUUCUGGACAGUUGCUCCAGACACCAGUUGACCACUGACGUUUGCUUAUGCAAGCCACAUUAGCAGGAAGGCAGCAUAUCAUAGAUUACUGUCACCAUCAGGAUAUGCCAGAUAGGAGUCAGAAAUUGGAGUGGUGGCUACAAAUUUAUCCAUUCCCAUCUCAGGGUACUGAGCUCAAUCAUUUUGCGUACACUGUCAUCAGCACGCAACCCAGGAGUCAAGCCUGAAACCAAGUCUGCACAUCUUAAGUUUCUGUACUGACUCUGUUGUUGGGGUUUACAGGGGAAAUGGCUAAAUGGUUAAAAGACAAUAAAUACUCUGCAACUGCUAAAGUGAGAGUAGGCUUUUUUCCCCAUUUAUAUUAUACACGUGCAUACAAUGGACAUGUUUACAUAUUUUUAUUCUCGAUAUGUUUGGUGAUAAUCCCCCUCUGUACUGUACUUGUUAGAAUGUGGUUAAUCCAUCUGUAAUCUGGAGACAGUUUUCAGUACUUCAGUAACCUGACCUCAAUAAACAUCUUGGCUGAGACUAAUUUGCCUUUGGAGUAUUUUUUUCUCUUUCCAACCAACAUUUUCUUUUAAUUGUCAAUUUUUUUUGCAUUUAAUGCCAAUCAUGUUUUCCACUGUUUCAAAUUGUCAGCCUUUAGCUGCUAAGCUCAUUCAAGAUGCAAGGACAAUAUAAGAAAAAAGAAGCAAUGGUAGACAGACCACAGACAUGAGGUUCUGCAGAUGCAGGCUAUCUUGAGCAACAGACACAAAAUGCUGCCAUUGAAUCUCCAGUACACUGUGUGUACUGGCAGACAGUCGAGCCUUUCGAGCCUGGUUCACCCUUUAAUAUGAUUACAGCUCAGGUUGGAGGAGCAACAUCUCAUUCCAUCUGGGUGGCCUCCAACCUAAUAGCAUGAGCACCAAUUUCUCUAACUUCCAGUAAUUUCUCCUCCCUUCUCCACUCUUUUGCCAUUUCCUAGUCCGGUUUCCUUCUUACCUGCCCAUCACCUCCCUCUGGUGUACUGACUCCUCUUUCUCUCAUGGUCCACCUUCUAUCAGAUUCCUUUUUCAGCCCCUUGCCUCCUCUGCCUAUCACUUCCCAGCUUCUCACUUCAUCUACCCUUAAUGAGAAAGCUGAUCUUCAUAUGCAGAAGAGUGGAGGAAGAGGGUAGAAGCAAUAGCGUAACUACUGAAAGCCCUGGUUAGACCACAUCCCACUUCAAGGAAAUGCAGUCAACAUGAAUGCAGCUGAGCCUUUCUGAAGCUUCAAGCCUCAGCAUUGGUGGGGUAUUUGUUAUAAACCAAAGCCCCAUUGAAUUUGCGUAAUGAAAUCUCUCAAAACACAAAGACAUGAACAAUUUUCCAGUCUAAUAACACAGCAAGAAAUAUGCGCCUCACAAACUUACAGGGCACAUUAGCU